ACUACCGUGCGGUCGUUCUUCUCUAAGUUCUGGCACUGCUCGUCAAGCCGCAGUGAUCAACGAAACCAAGAUGCAGUCGAGGUUUCUGACUCAGUCUGUGAACCUAGUCCUAAAGUGCCUAAGGUGACAGUGAAUGAGAAACGAAGUUUCAAGGCUGAAUGGAGAGAUGAGUUCUUGAUGGACUUGGUGACUAAAGACACCAAGGAAAUGAUGACGUGCAUGAUUUGCUGGCAAACUUUUGACUGUUCUGGUAAUUCUAGUCCCAGGCUAGAUACUAUCAAGAAGCAUCACAAGAGGAAACAUGACGAACUGAGAGGUUAUGAUGUCAGUAGGAAAAAAUUGAUUAUUAGGAAAUAUGUCAAAGAAAAGGAAGAGUCACAAAAUGAAAUGACAAAGCUUACAACACCCGACUGGCUUUCAAAGGUUGCUCCUUACAAAAUGGCUUUCAUUAUUGGUCAAUAUAAACGACCAUUUUCUGACUGCCAAAUGCUUAUGGAAUUUGCAAUGUCUGCUGACCCAAACUCACCGGUCUUUGCAAGGAUGCGCUCUAGCAGACAAACAGUUACUCGUGGAAUGGUAAACAUUCAUGAUUAUAUUGUGAAGAAAUAUACGAUGAUGUCAAUAGUUCAUUGUUUUGGUCUGCAAUGGCUGAUGAACGACAGACUCAUCUGUCACAGAGCAGCUGAUUUUGUAUGUUCGAUUGUCAAUAUUGCCAAAAAAUGUGUCCAAACACAAUUCUUGGCUGUAGAACCUUUAGAAGGGCAUCCAAAAUUCAGAAAAUAUAAUUUUUGACUUAAUAAAGGCCAUCUUUGAGAAGUUUGAAUCACCAAGGGAAUCGCUGGUUGGAUACUCAAGCGAUGGCGCUUCUGUAAUGACAGGGGUGAGAAAAGGAGUGGCUGCUAAGCUGAAAGCACAAUAUAAUCCAAAGCUCUUUACUCAGCAUUGUUUUAACCAUAGACUGGUACUUGCUUCCAAAGAUGCCCAGAAAGAGAUUCCAGGCGAAGUAGAAACCACUAUAAAAGACGUUCUAGGGGCACGUUUCCACUAGUGCCUAAACCGGUUUAACAAGUGGUUUAAGCUAAACUGGUUUAAGAAUUCACUUGUUUCCACCUGCUCUAAACCAGUUCUGUUUUAAACCUAAACCGCUUUCCUAAACCCACUUCAAAGUAGGUUUAGCAAAGUGGUUUAGGUUUAACUGUCACGUGACAGUAGCGCGCUUGUUUAGAUGGCUUCUGACAAUGUUGUUUUGAUGAUAUUGACUAUUUUGCUGGGAUAGGAUUGCCCUAAAAGAUGUAAGGGUCGUUAACUAGGGGAAAGAAAUCAGUAGCUACGGAGAGAGACAAGACGGUGUCCUUGGUCAUCGUCAUGCAAAUUCCUACUAGCAGAUGCUGAAUCAGUGAAACUAACAGUUGCUCUGACUCGGCGACAAAGCAGCCCAAUUCUUCAAAAUAAGGCGUUCCUAGACUAGUGGAAACAGUCGCUUGCUUGAACUGGUUUAGUUCUUAAACCCAUUUAAGCUAGACUAGUUUAAGGUGCAGCUAGUGGAAACACAGCCUAGAUCACUUUAGGUACAGCCCAGUGGCUCAAAGCAGUCUCAGGGAAAUAUGUGAACUGAACAGUGAGCUCUUUGUCAAACUGGUACAGUAUCACAAAAUUCGUUGGUUGUCCUUACACCAAUGUGUUGACAGAAUGGAGUGACUUCAUGAUCUGCUAGUGGAAUAUUUUGAAUCCAGAUCUAUUGACAUGCACAGCCGAAAGUCUGCAAGAGACUGUUGUAGAGAUCUGUAUGAACGUCUGUGUGAUCCAUCAUUUAACCUGUACCUUUCAUUCCUCAAUUUCUACCUGCCAAUGUUAGGGGAAGUGAAUGAGCUCUGUCAAGAGGAGAAUAUUAACAUUUGGUCUGCAUACAAGAAAAUUCUUUCUAUGAAGAAAUUUUUGGCUGAAGCAGUUGUUUUUGAUGUCAACAAGACUUGCUACUCAGAGAUGACAACUUGCGGUCUGUAGAUGAAGGAAGAUAUGACCAAGAUCAUGAAGCUGAUGAGAGUGAUGACGAAGAUGAUAAUGGUAUUUCCUUUUCUUCUGGUGAAUUUCUGAUAUCUGGAAGCAAACAGUUGAGCAUGACUUGUUGACCAGUCGACAGAGACAAUCUCUUCUGGAGAACUGUGCACGUUUUUUUCAUAGACUAAUACAGAGUCUAAACAAGCGCUUUCCAGAGUGCCAGUUUAUAGUACAAGAUUGUUCAUUUUUAGACCCCAGGCGACGGAAAAAUUCUUCAGUCAAUAUCACUGCUGUUAUUGACAGGUUCAACAAUGGGUUCAUGGAUGGUCAGUUGGUAGCACGUCAGUAUGGACAAUACAGGCAUGACAAUGAUGUGGAUUUCAUCCUUCAAGAGAAUGAUGGCAAUGUAGUAUCUUUUUGGUGUGACUUGUUUCUGAAUUAUUCUGGAUACAAGGAACUUAGGAAACUCAGCAUCUUGCUCCUAAGCUUGUCUCCUAACACUUGUGACUGUGAGCGUGGUUUCAGUGUACUUAAUUUUGUCAAAAAUGAAUACAGAUGUAAGCUCACCAGUGAAAACGUUAGUGCAUACAUUGCAGUAGGUAUGGAGCGUCGAACGGUAGAUGACUUUCCGUUUGUAAAGUUUGUCAAGUAAGCGUAAGUGAAUUGUUCGGGAACUCAGUAGUGGAAGCAGCUAGAACUUUUCAGCAUAGAUAAAUUUCAGUUUGCAGAUUUUGUCAACUAAUUAUAUUAGUAAGGUGUUUGAUUGUUCAUAACUGCUGGUACGAGUACCACAUAGUGCAAUUAAAAUAGAAAACGC